CUUCCACCGCCAUUUUAAAUCCAGCUCCAUACAACGUUCUGCCGCCGCUGCUUCCGCGACACGGAUUGCGCGCCAGCGCCUCCCGGCCAACAACUCAGCCGCUAUGGAAGGCAUGAACGAGUACAGCAACAUAGAGGAAUUCGCAGAGGGAUCCAAGAUCAACGCGAGCAAGAAUCAGCAGGAUGACGGUAAAAUGUUUAUUGGAGGCUUGAGCUGGGAUACAAGCAAGAAAGAUCUGACUGAAUAUUUGUCUCGAUUUGGGGAAGUUGUAGACUGCACAAUUAAAACAGAUCCAGUCACUGGAAGAUCAAGAGGAUUUGGAUUUGUGCUUUUCAAAGAUGCUGCUAGUGUUGAUAAGGUUUUGGAAAUGAAAGAACACAAGCUGGAUGGCAAAUUGAUAGACCCUAAAAGAGCCAAAGCUUUAAAAGGGAAGGAACCCCCUAAAAAGGUUUUUGUGGGUGGAUUGAGCCCAGAUACUUCAGAAGAACAAAUUAAAGAAUAUUUUGGAGCCUUUGGAGAGAUUGAAAAUAUUGAACUUCCCAUGGAUACAAAAACAAAUGAAAGAAGAGGAUUUUGUUUUAUUACAUAUACAGACGAAGAGCCAGUAAAGAAAUUGUUAGAAAGCAGAUAUCAUCAAAUUGGUUCUGGGAAGUGUGAAAUCAAAGUUGCACAACAAGAGGUAUAUAGGCAGCAACAGCAACAACAAAAAGGAGGAAGAGGUGCUGUAGCUGGUGGACGAGGUGGUACUAGGGGUCGUGGCCGAGGUCAGGGCCAAAACUGGAACCAAGGAUUUAAUAACUAUUAUGAUCAAGGAUAUGGAAAUUACAACAGUGCCUAUGAUGGUGAUCAAAACUAUAGUGGCUAUGGCGGCUAUGAUUAUACUGGGUAUAACUAUGGGAACUAUGGAUAUGGACAGGGAUAUACAGACUACAGUGGCUAACAGAGCACUUACGGCAAGGCAUCUCGAGGGGGUGGCAAUCACCAAAAUAAUUACCAGCCAUACUAAAAGGGGACGUUGGAGAAAACAGGAAGAGAUUGCUAAAGUAACCCAUCUUGCAGGACGACAUUGAAGAUUGGUCUUCUGUUGAUCUAAGAUGAUCAUUUUGUAAAAGACUUUCUAGUGUACAAGACACAACUGUGUCCAACUGUAUAUAGCCGCCAAUUAGUUUUUGUUUUUACUUUGUCUUUUGCUAUCUGUGUUAUGACUCGACGUGGAUUUGUGUUUAUCAAAUUUUAUUUGUAUGAUUUCAUGUUAAACCUCAAAUAAAUGCUUCCUUCUGUGAUUGUUUUUCUGCGUCAGGUAUUAAAUAGCUCUGUAAAAGUGUAAUUUUAAAUAAGCAGUAAUUAAGGCACAGUUUAUUUUGUAGGGAGUAUUGAUCCAUAGGGAGAAACUGGUCCUUUACGAAUAGCCAGCUACAGUGUCUACUCUGUUCUCUUUUUGUUAGAUGUAUUCUAUGUUCUAAGGCUUCAUUUCCCUGUUAACUGAGGCUUCCACAUACCUUUAAGUAAUGUUGUUUUCUCUCUGUGUAUCUGGAGACUUUGUCAUGAAAGUUUCUGUGGCGUAGUUAUAGUGUUGUGAUGAGUGGAAGCUUUCUAGUAGACCGUAAGUCUUCUGGUUAUAUUUUGAAAAGUAACUUUUUAAUGGCACAAAGCAUGCUGGUAGCUCCUUUUAUGAAUAGAAAAUAUUUUGCUUUGUUCUUGUCUCUGGAAAGGCAUUUGUUAUGACUUGCUGUAUUCAGUGGUCUGCUAGAAAAGAGCUUUGGCUAAUCAUAAUACCAUAACUUUGUUUUCUUGAUUAAACUGUCUGAAUAUACCCAGGGGAAAAAACACUUGAACUGUGUUAUAGGAGCCACAGUUUAAGAAUAUCAGAUGUAGUUACAUUUAACACAAGGAUUUUGGCAAAUAGGUAUGAAGUUACUAAAGUCUGAACAAAAGUUAGAUUAAAAUAUUCGACGUAGUGGAUGAGUAAAUUAAUUGUAUACUAUUCUGUUGGUAUUAUGUCACAGCAAGCACCAAACUGAA